CGGCAGCAGCUCGGUCGCUCGAGCUCCGCCCCAGGCUCCGCUCGGCAGGCAGCGGACCGGGAGGCGCCGGGGACUCUGGCGAAAUGGGGCUUGAGCCGCUGUUCCAGGCCUGGAGCUACUUCAGGCGGAGGAAGUUCCGGCAGUGCUCGGAUCUCUGCUCGCAGCUGCUGGAGAGGCCGCCCGGCGAGCAGGAGCUUGAUUCUGAAUACUCCGUGUUUCAGGCUGCCUGGAGCCUGAAAACACGAGCUUUGACAGAAAUGGUCUACGUGGAUGAAAUUGAUAUAGAUGAAGAGGGAAUUGCAGAGAUGAUCCUUGAUGAAAAUGCCAUCGCUCAAGUUGCACGACCAGGAACAUCUUUGAAACUCCCUGGAACUAGCCAAGGUGGAGGCCCCAGCCCAGCUGUUAGGCCAGUAACUCAAUCAGGAAGACCUAUUACAGGAUUUGUGAGACCCAGCACACAAAGUGGACGGCCAAGUACUAUGGAACAGGCUAUAAAAACCCCUCGAACAGGUCUCACAGCUCGUCCAAUUACCAGUGCUUCUGGGAGAUUUGGCAGGCUGGGAACGGCUUCAAUGAUAACAAAUCCAGAUGGCCCUUUCAUAAAUCUGUCUCGACUGAAUUUAGCAAAAUAUGCUCAGAAGCCCAAACUGGCAAAGGCAUUGUUUGAAUAUAUUUUUCACCAUGAAAAUGACAUAAAAAACGCUCUAGAUUUGGCAGCCCUUGCCACUGAGCAUGCACAAUUCAAGGACUGGUGGUGGAAAGUCCAAAUUGGGAAGUGCUACUAUAGGUUAGGAUUAUAUCGUGAAGCCGAAAAACAAUUUAAGUCAGCUCUCAAGCAACAGGACAUGGUUGAUACAAUCUUGUACUUGGCAAAAGUGUAUAUGCGCUUGGAUCAGCCUCAGACAGCUUUGAACCUUUUCAAACAAGGGUUAGAUCGAUUUCCUGGGGAAGUGACUCUUAUUUGUGGAAUUGCCAGAAUCCAUGAGGAAAUGAAUGAUAUCUCCUCAGCUGCAGAGUACUAUAAAGAUGUCUUAAAACAAGACAAUACUCAUGUGGAAGCCAUCGCAUGCAUUGGCAGUAACCAUUUCUAUUCAGACCAGCCUGAGAUAGCUCUGCGGUUUUAUAGACGGCUCCUGCAGAUGGGUGUGUAUAAUUGCCAGCUCUUUAACAAUCUGGGCCUCUGUUGCUUCUAUGCCCAGCAAUACGAUAUGACACUGUCCUCAUUCGAACGGGCUCUCUUCUUGGCUGAAAAUGAAGCAGAGACAGCAGAUGUGUGGUACAACCUGGGACAUGUGGCUGUGGGGAUAGGAGAUCUGAAUCUGGCUUACCAAUGUUUCAAGCUAACAUUAGUCAACAAUAACGACUAUGCAGAAGCUUACAACAACUUGGCUGUUCUGGAAAUGCAAAAAGGUCACAUUGAACAGGCAAGAGUUUUGCUGCAGACUGCUUCAUCUUUAGCACCUCAUAUAUAUGAGCCCCAUUUCAAUUUUGCAAUACUCUCAGAGAAGGUUGGAGAUCUUCAGAGGAGUUACACAGCUGCUCAGAAGUCAAUAGAAGCAUUUCCAGGCCAUGUUGAUACACAACAGCUCCUCAAACAGUUAAAACAGCACUUUGCUAUGCUCUGAUAAGUGUAUUUUCAAUUAUGUAAAACCAGUUAGCCUGAGCAUGUCAUAUGCAUCUUUUUGAAAAUACUAGCUCAAGAUAAACUCCACUUACUUCAUUCCUGUGCAAAGCCUGCAUUACAUAGAGUAGCAGGAAUGUUUUGGAAGCCCUGAUUAAUUUCUACAAGUUGAAAACAUAGCUUAUUGAAAUGCAUCUAAAACACAUGUUGUAACUACAUGUCUGAGAGAUUACAGGAGUAUCAGGAUAGUGCUGGUAUGAGAACCACAUACAAUAAUGGUAUGGUAUAUGAGCUAGUAAAUCUCCCAGUAAUAUUAAUGGUCAUUUUAGAGGACUUUUUUCUGACUUUUCUGCAGAAAAAGUGUGUGACAAUCUGUCAAGUAACACAGAAUAAGAAUACUUCCUAACUGGUUUUCAAACUUGGCUUUUUGUAAUAUACUUUCUUACAGAAUGUUGAAUUU